CUCUCCCAACCUUCAGGUUCUCAGCCUCACAAAAAAAAAAAAAAAAAAGUCAUUCUAAAUUUGCCGAAUCCCCUCGACUUGUCAAUUUUUUUUCCACAUUAUCAACGUUUUCAAUAUUUUGGUUUCCAUAAUUUUGCUGUGCCUUUUGUUUCAACCAAAAAAUAGUAUUAGUAUAUAAAUAAAAAACAAGUGUGGGUGUCGAAAUCGGGAGAGCUGGAGCCGGUACAGGAACCGCAGUCCUCAAAGGCUCCACCCGCCGCCGCCGCCGCCACCACAAACGGGCAGAUCCGGUACAGAUCCCCAUCGUCGGCGGAGCUCCUAGAGGUUCAAUCGACAUCUCCAACGGAACAACAAAAUCUCGAAUUCGACAACCACAAAAUGCUGAAGCGACCGGGUCUCCGUUACUCUCACGAGUCCUUUGGCGACAAGAUCCGCCGCUACAAAGGCGUGUUGUUGAUAAUUUCGGUCCCUCUUUUCCUCAUCAGCUUCGUCCUCUUCAUCAUGCCUGUCAACAAUUCAGCUUCCUUGUCUGACUUUCGUAACCGUAAGGUCCCAUCGGAUCGCGAUUCUCCGAGAUCAUACGCUGUUAUUUUCGACGCCGGGAGUUCCGGUAGUCGUGUUCAUGUGUUUUGUUUUGAUCACAAUCUUCAACUUGUCCACAUUGGAAAAGAUCUAGAGUUGUUCAAACAGUUAAAGCCGGGUUUGAGUGCAUAUGCCAAUGAUCCCCGGGAGGCUGCGAAUUCUCUGCAGACUUUAUUGGAUCAAGCACAAGCUGUUGUUCCCAAAGAUUUGCGUGCCAAGACGCCUGUUCGUGUUGGGGCAACUGCAGGGUUGAGGGCCUUGAAAGGUGAUGCUUCGAAUCAAAUUUUGCAAGCGGUUAGGGAUCUUCUGAAACAUAGAAGCAGCCUGAAAUCGGAGGCCAAUGGAGUUGCUGUUAUUGAUGGAACUCAAGAAGGUUCUUACCAGUGGGUGACCAUAAACUAUCUACUGGGGAAUUUGGGGAAGGAAUAUUCAAAUACAGUUGGAGUAGUUGACCUUGGAGGUGGAUCUGUUCAAAUGGCAUAUGCUAUCUCGGAGACAGAUGCUGCAAAUGCACCAAAGAUAUCAGGUGGAGAGGAUACAUAUGUAAAGGAAAUGCAUCUGAUGGGAACAAAAUAUUACCUCUAUGUUCACAGUUAUUUGCAUUAUGGCUUACUAGCAGCUCGAGCAGAGAUUUUGAAGGUUUCUGAAGGGUCUAGCAACCCGUGCAUCUUAGUUGGCUAUCAUGGGACUUACAAAUAUGGAGGAACAGAGUAUAAAGCAUUUGCUUCCUCCGGCUCAAACAUGGAUGAGUGCAGGAGGAUAGUUUCUAAUGCUCUCAAAGUUAAUGAAUCAACAUGCAAGCAUAUGAAAUGCACAUUUGGUGGGGUAUGGAAUGGUGGGGGUGGAGAUGGACAGAAGAAUCUCUUUGUUGCUUCAUUUUUCUUUGACAGGGCAGCUGAGGCUGGCUUUGCUGAUCCAAAUCUUCCUAUCGCGAAAGUUCAUCCUGCAGAUUUUGAGGAAGCAGCUAAGCGUGCUUGUGAGACUAAACUUGCAGAUGCGAAGCGCAUAUAUCCACGUGUUGAUGAGGCCAAUCUCCCAUUUUUAUGCAUGGAUCUUGUGUACCAGUAUACGUUACUUGUAGAGGGAUUUGGUCUGGAUCCAUGGCAGGAGAUUACAUUGGUGAAGCAAGUCAAAUAUCAAGAUGCCCUGGUUGAAGCGGCUUGGCCACUGGGCAGUGCCAUAGAGGCUGUAUCAUCGUUGAAAUAAUUGCUACUGACAUCAUCAGCUAAUUUACCCAUUGAGAAUUUUGGAGGCAUGUGUUUCUUCGGCAUUAUAGGUUUCGAACUGAAGUAUCCACAGUUGAUGAAGCUCAGAAAGUCAGUAUUAGUUUGAAUUGGAAAUUGGAUUUUGGUCUAUAUUUUUGGGAAUAAUGGGAGAGUAUAGAUUCAUUUAUCUUAAUUUGUAAUUAUUUUUAUACGAAAUAUUCUGAUUUAUAGCUUCUGAGAAAAUGAUUCCAUUCAAUUAGUUCAUUUAGUUUGCCCAGGACAAACAAAAUGGUCAUGCCAAUUCAUUGUUGUCUUGUUCUUUUUUACUUGAAGUUGAAUGUACUCUACUUUUAUCU